AAACUUGAUCCAAACGCAUCGUAUUGUGCCGCCUUUUACCCUUGGUUAGAGCGGAUUGCAUCGCCAUUUUCUGUACCGCCUUCAAAACCACCACAAAGCACCAAAAUAUUGAAUCAUCGAAUCGUCAUCAAUCGAUCGUCAAAUUUCUGGCUCCAUUUCCAUCAAUGGCGGCAAUCUUAGCUCGAAAAUCGCUUUCUGCUAUUCGUUUCCGUGAGCUUGCUUUGACUGGCCGACCAUGGCAAGGAUUCAAUCAGCAGGGUACAAGAUCAUUUGCCACCAAACAUUCAUUUUCCACUGAUAAAGAUGAUGAAGAAAGAGAAAAGCUUGUUAGAGAGAUAUCAAAGGAUUGGAGUUCUGUUUUUGAGAGAAGCAUAAAUACUUUAUUUCUCACUGAGAUGGUUAGAGGGCUAUCCCUGACUCUAAAAUACUUCUUCGAUGACAAAGUGACUAUCAAUUACCCUUUUGAAAAAGGCCCUUUAAGCCCCCGUUUUCGUGGAGAACACGCCCUCCGUCGUUACCCAACUGGAGAGGAACGCUGCAUUGCUUGUAAACUUUGUGAAGCUGUCUGUCCUGCUCAAGCAAUUACUAUUGAGGCAGAAGAAAGGGAAGAUGGAAGCCGUAGGACAACCAGGUAUGAUAUUGAUAUGACAAAAUGCAUUUACUGUGGUUUCUGCCAAGAGGCAUGCCCGGUUGAUGCCAUUGUUGAAGGACCAAACUUCGAAUUUGCAACAGAAACUCACGAGGAGCUUCUGUAUGAUAAGGAGAAGUUGUUGGAGAACGGUGAUCGAUGGGAAACCGAGAUCGCUGAGAAUCUGAGAUCGGAAAGUUUGUAUCGCUAAUCCCAGUUACUUGACGAGGCUAUGCUGUUUUUCUAUUUUCGUUUCUAAAUCAAAUUUAAUAAUCUCUGUUUGUGGAAUUUCAGAGAUCAUAUUGUAAUUUUUUUUGUAAACAUUGUUAAAUUAAAUCAUAUAGAUUUCGGAAUUGAAUUUUGAUCUAUUAUUCGGCCAUAAUCACAUGUGAUGUGAACGCCAAAACAUUCUACAAGACUCAACUUACAUGUCUGCGCCUUGGUUUUUCUGUCUGUCCCUGCAUUUAUUUCCGAUGUGCAGUUUAUGGUUUAUUCAAUUCCAUUACUAAUGUUUUUACCUGUG